AUGCAACCAUCUACCCAAGCUACCAAGAAAGACAACUCCUCUGAAAAGAAAGAUAACUAUAUUGUCAAAGGUUUAUUCUGGGAUCCAGCUUGUGUCAUCGCUUAA